UCUGUCCUCUGAAUAGAUAUUGCAGUGAGGAUCACAGUGCUUCAGGAACAAUGCCGCCGAACGUGAAGCCAAAGUCGAAAAUAUCGGCCUCCCGAAAGCUCUCUCUAAAGAUCCUGCUCCUGUCCAAGGCCAUGGAGGAGCUGGAGAAGGAGACGAUGGACCGGGAUGAGGAAAAGGUGCGAUAUCUGGGUGAAAAACUCACCCCUCUGCAGAUGUCCGGACUCUCCAUGGACGAGCUUCAGAAUCUCUGCAAGCACCUCCAUCAAAAAAUCGAUGUCGUGGACGAAGAGCGCUACGACUGCGAAGCGAAAGUCGUCAAAAACAACCGAGAUAUCCACGAGCUGAAGUUGAAGGUCCAGGACCUGGGGGGGAAGUUCAAGAAGCCGGCCCUGAGGAAGGUGCGCGUGUCUGCGGACGAGAUGAUGCGCGCCCUGCUGGGCUCCAAGCACAAGGGCUCCAUGGACCUGCGCGCCAACCUCAAGUCCGUCAAGAAGGAGGACAUCAAACAGGAGAAGGUGCUCACCACCGAGGUCGGGGACUGGCGUAAGAACGUGGAGGCCAUGUCCGGCAUGGAGGGCAGGAAGAAGAUGUUCGACGCGGCCGGCGGUGGAGGCCAGUGAGCGCUACAGUGACCCUGG